UUAUGAAAAUAAUAAAAAAUAUCAUCAAGUUGCUUCCCCUUCGUUGCUUCCUGAUGUGUCUCUCUGCUUCGAGAUAGAGAGAGAGAGAAUGGCGGGGGCAACUUCAAGUUUGAUAUUGUCUCCAUGGCAAGCGACUCUUGAUCAUUAUAAUAAUAAGACUAAGAGGUUUUUUGUCAAAGGUUAUCCGUUUCCGUGUCACCACUCUGACCCUAUUUGCCAUUCUUUUAAUAUCAAAAGACGUGUUCUUCCUUCUUCUUCUUCCUCUUCCAUAUUUAAGGACAACCAUGUCGUUACUCAUUCUUCAUCCUCCUCAGACAAGCUUCAAACUCAUUUCUCCAUGUCCGGUUGUGGUUGCUCGUGGAUUCAAGACAACUCAAUGCUUCAUUACUCGGCUACAAGUAAUUGGACGUCGAAGAAAUGUUCGGCGUUACCAACAACAAAAACAGUGGAUGUCUCUUCAGUUUCAGACCUUUUUGAGUUCAUAUGCUCUGGUCCACUCGUGGACAAGAUCGGUAUCACUCCUGAAAAAGUUGGCCAGGCCAUUGACAAAUGGUUGCUCUAUGGCUCACAGCUAUGCAGACUCUUUCAGCUGAACGAGCUUAAGCUCACCAUUCCUCAGAAAGCUAGGCUUUACCAUUACUAUAUACCCGUCUUUGUUUGGUGCCAAGACCAGAUUGCUCUGCAUAGCUCCAAGUUUAAUGAUGGAGAUGAUGUGCCUCCCCUAGUGAUUGGAUUCAGCGCACCUCAAGGAUGUGGCAAGACUACACUAGUGUUUGCACUUGAUUAUCUUUUCAAAACUACAAAAAUGAAGUCGGCGACAAUAUCUAUAGACGAUUUUUACUUGACUGCAGAAGGCCAGGCUAAGUUGAGAGAAGAGAAUCCAGGAAAUGCACUCCUUGAGUAUCGUGGGAAUGCAGGAAGCCAUGAUCUUCCAUUUUCUGUCGAGACAAUAGAAGCCCUGACUAAACUGACCAAGGAAGGCAUGAAGAUGAAAGUUCCUCGCUAUGAUAAGUCUGCGUAUAGCGGGAGGGGUGACAGAGCCGAUCCAACAACAUGGCCUGAAGUUGAAGGACCUCUAAAGGUUAUUCUCUUUGAGGGAUGGAUGCUUGGCUUCAAACCUCUUCCUGCUGAAGUCGUUAAAGCUGUGGAUCCUCAGCUGGAGAUAGUGAAUAAGAACCUUGAAGCGUAUUACGAGGCAUGGGACAAGUACAUAGAUGCAUGGGUGGUCAUCAAAAUCAAGGACCCAAGUUAUGUAUACCGAUGGCGUCUUCAGGCGGAAGUAGCAAUGAGGCAGGCUGGCAAAGCCGGGAUGUCAGAUGAUGAGGUGAAUGACUUUGUGUCGAGGUACUUACCGGCAUAUAAGGCAUAUCUUCCGACAUUGUACGAGGAAGGACCAAGCGGGUCGGAACCAGAGCGUGUCCUUGCUAUAGAUAUCGAUGAAGAAAGGAACCCUAUACUCGCAACCUAGUGACGUGUUUUUUCCUCCUAUGCCUUAUAAUGUACUAUUUCUCUUUGUAGAGUAACACACUACAUCACGCUUUUUUUUAAUUAUUCAUUGUAUCUUUUGACAUGCUCUAUUUGUUACAAUGCUUCAAAUAUGUAUUUCUUUGUAAAAAUAUAAUUAUUUAUUUUAUUUUUUAAAACUGUGGUCGGUUGUAUA